UUGACAUGGGGCGGCGGCAUUUCGUAAUUUAGACCAUUGAUUCACAUGAAAGACGAAAUGGGAUUGAGAGGCAUUUAGUUCCUUCUAGCAGAUAGGUUUCUGUGAAAAAAAACUUUGUUUACACACCGAAAAAACAAAAAACAAAGAGAUGGGAAAUCCAAAAAACCUUCUCUUGCUUUGCUUCAUUCUCAUAUUCAUGGUUUCAACCACCAUUUCUCAAAUAGAAAUCAAGACCCACUUAUGUUCAAACAGCGGCAACUACACUAGCAACAGCAUUUACAAGCAAAAUCUCGACGCCCUCCUUUCCUCCAUCGCCUCCAACACCGAAAUCGAUUACGGGUUCUACAAUUUCUCUGCCGGACAGCAACCCGACAAGGUGAACGCCAUCGCCCUUUGCCUGGCCGAUCUGACGGUGGAGAAAUGCAGGAGCUGUAUUCAAAAUUCAACUCGAAGGAUUCUAGAGGAUUGUCCCAACCAAAAGGAAGCUGUCGGAUGGUACACCGAUUGCAUGAUUCGUUACUCAAAUACAUCAAUAUUUGGCGUUGGGAGCGAACAAGUGCUUAGCCCAACUUUUGUUUCCGGUCGGACUGCAUCAGACGUAGUUGGGUACACUCAAUCACUCAGCAGUUUGUUGCAAAGACUGAGAAGUGAAGCUGCGUCUGGGGAUUCUAGACGCAAAUUUGCUGCGGGGAAAAUUGCAGCCCCAAAUUUGGAUACCAUAUUUGGGUUUCUUCAAUGUACUCCCGAUUUGUCCUCUAUGGAUUGCGAGAAUUGUCUUCUGAAGACCGCUGAAAGAGUUCCGAAUGGAAGUACAGGAACCAGGAUAUUUUCGACCAGCUGUUUCUUGAGAUAUGAGACUAACGAUCUUUUCUACAACACUCUGUCGCCGCCUCCCUCUGCUGGUGACGCUCCUCCCCCACCCAUGUCGCCACCGCCACCGCCAGGAAAUACUUCUAGAACUGUCAUUAUCGUUGUCCUGUCCAUCGUUCCAGCCAUCAUUGUCGUUGUUGCCACUUUUCAUUUGAGGUUGAGGAAGCGAAAAAACAGAAAAUCAACAGACAAAUUUGAAGGUGUUGCUAUUGGGGAUACCACUGACGAAAUUAGCAGUGUGGAGACACUUCAAUUUGAUUUCGAAACUAUUAAAGUUGCAACAAACAACUUCUCAAGUGAAAACAAGCUCGGACAGGGUGGAUUUGGAGCUGUUUACAAGGGUAAGCUAGCUAAUGGACAACCUAUAGCAGUGAAGAGGCUUGCAAGUAAUUCACAACAAGGAGAUGUUGAAUUCAAAAAUGAAGUCCUUUUGGUGGUCAAGCUUCAACAUCGAAACUUGGUUAGGCUGUUGGGAUUUUGCUUGCAAAGAACUGAAAAGCUUCUCGUAUAUGAGUUUGUACCAAAUGCCAGUCUUGACCAAUUCAUAUUUGAUUUUGGAAAAAGGACACAAUUAGACUGGGUAAGACGGUUCAAAAUCAUUAAUGGCAUUGCACGAGGACUUCUUUACCUUCAUGAAGAUUCUCGCCUUCGAAUCAUUCAUCGUGAUCUCAAAGCUAGUAAUAUUUUGUUGGAUGAGGAAAUGAACCCAAAGAUUGCUGAUUUUGGUAUGGCAAGAUUGUUUGAAGUAGAUGAAACUCAAGGCAAUACAAGUAGAAUUGUGGGAACAUAUGGCUAUAUGGCUCCAGAAUAUUUAAUGCAUGGCCAGUUUUCAGUUAAAUCGGAUGUCUUUAGCUUAGGUGUUUUAAUUCUUGAAAUCGUGAGUGGUAAGAAAAAUAGUUGCUUUCGCAAUAGAGAAAAGAUAGAAGAUCUCUCCAGCUUUGCAUGGAAAAAUUGGAAGGCUGGAACGACUAAAAACAUCAUAGAUUCAACACUUAGUAUUGGUUCAAACGUUGAAAUGUUAAGAUGCAUUCAUAUUGGAUUAUUAUGUGUUCAAGAGAAUGUAGCAGAUCGUCCGACGAUGACUACCGUGGUUCUGAUGCUUAGUAGCAUGUCUCUCACUCUUCCUGUACCUUUGGAACCAGCAUUCUUCAUGCAUAGUAAAAUUGAUGAAUCCAGCACACAAGCAAGGACGAGUAAUUGGUUGGAAAUGAAUGAGGGGGCUUGUCAUUCUGAAAGCGUACCCGUCCAAUCUUUAUCCAAUGAAGCUUCAAUUACUGAUGUCAAUCCUCGCUAGAUUUUCAUCCACUUUUUGGUAAAAUAUGUUAUUUUGAAACUUGUUUUGGGUAGACAAACCGUAGAUUUAGUACUUGAUUGGUUCAUUACGAUAUAUUUAUUGUUGUAUGGAGAAAUAUUAAGAGUUGUGAUUCAGUUGGUUGCAGUUGUAGCCAUUUUUCACCCUAAACCACGUGGACCAUGUCAAUGGAUAUAUGUAUAUAUAUGUCUCUUCUUUUUCUUUGCCUUUAA